GAGAUGCGUCGCUUAGUCGCCGUAUCGCAAGCACUUCAGCUAAAAAAUCGCAGUUAAAAAACGUUACGGUUUCUUAUCGUGUAAUAAACAGAGUCCAGUUUUAAGUACGACUGUUUUGCCAAAACAAAAAAGCAUCACUUCCUUAACGAUAGGCCUAGCCUUGAAAACAAUCAACGGCCAGCAGACCCCCCAAAUUGUCGUUGUUUUUGGUAGAGUGUGUCUGUGUGUGUAUUAUUUUUGUUGUGACUGUUGUUGUUUGCAAUUGUUGUGUCGUAUUAGGCAAGCAGCAUCAACAGUCAUUGCUGCAAGGCAAGAGGCAAACAAGCAACAGCAACAGCAACAAAGUCGCAAAGCAACGUGCGAUGCAAAUUAUAUAGUCAGUCAGUCACACAGCGAAACAACAGCAACAAUAAUAAUAAUAACAACAACAAGGUGGACACAUACAAAACGGUUUCGCGUGUGCAGCAGCAACAACAACAAUAGCAAUCAACGCAACAACAUUGCAUUGAAAUAUUUCGUAAGUGUGUGUUGUGUAUGUGAAAAACGAAAAUUGCGCGCCAAAAGCAAGAAAAAGGAUUACAAAAACAAACGUGCUCACACGCUCACGCAUGCAGCUGUGCUCAAUAGCCGCGACUACAACAACAACAAAAACAACACGCGAACCAAAUCAAAACAACAAACGAGACAACAGCCCAGCGCACACAAAAUUCCAGUUUUCUUCUUCUCUCUCGGACACUCUCUCACUCACACACUCGCUCACCAGCAAAGGACGUUGGAACAUUGCGACAAAGACGUGCACUUUUGAUACCACCAGAACGCACAGCUCAGCGGACGAAAACACGGCCGGCGAUAUGAUGUCCAUGUCAUCAUCACCGCCUCCUACGCCGACUGGCGUGCAAACCGAUGCCGAGGGUCUAAUAUUGCCAAAGAAACUGAUAAAUCCAUGUCUGGAGAACACCGAUCGCAAGGAAUUGCAUCGUGAGCUCAAGUUUAAUAAUCGCAUUGGCAAGAGCGUCUUGAAUCAGAAAUCGGAACUACAGCGUGCCUAUGAUAAACAGAAGGAGCGUCAUGCGGCCGCCGAGCAACAUUCUCCAGAGCCUGAUUUGGGAGCGGGACUUAAAGGCGAACUGGGACGUGUGAUCAUGGAGCGUGCACAAAAACACGAGGCAGCGGCACAAAAACAAAAUGCCGAUGUGGACGACGAGCGGCAAUAUGUUAAUCCCGAGUAUUUGAAUGUGCGCGCCAAACUGCGCACUGCGCAUGCGCCCAAUUAAGGCGCCCAACUGGGGGCGCAAAACCGAAUAUUUAACUUUAAUUGACCUAACCAAAUCGUGUUUUAUUACUUACGUUGUGUUUGUUUAAAAUGUUACUUUCUAACUACCGCUUAGUGUUUAAUUGUGCUAACAACAACAAGAACAACCACAAAAACCACAAAGAGUUAUGAUAUUAUGCGUAUGUUAAUCUUAAAUAAUUAUUACUAUUAUAAUAUAGGUUAAGAUAUUUAGUUUUUUGUUAUGUGCUGACGAUAUUUUUGUGUGUGUAGUAUGUAUAAAAAGUGUAUAAAGUUCGAUUUAGUUUUAAAAUUUCUCUUCCAAACCUUUUGGCUGAAUAUACAUAGGUGUAUGUAUAUUUAUGUAUAUUUAGUGCGUAGUCAUGUAAAGCGAAACAGGGCAGAUCAGAGGAAAAAUUUAAUAAUAAUUACGACAAAAUUGGAAAUGUUUAAGAUUAAAGUUAAGUCGAGAGACAGAGAGAGAGAGAGAUAAAAAAAAAUGAUUAUAUACUUACCAUAUAGAUGCAACUAUUUUAUGUCAAGCGAUUGCGAUAAUUACCAACUAUAACAAACCAGAAGCGAAAUCACAGAACUAUAUAUACAAUAUAUAUCUAUAUACAACUUAGUUUCUGAAAUAAUAAAUUUUAUUGUAGCAAAAAGUUAA